UUCCCUAUCGAAUUGAGGAUGAAGCAGGGAGACGCUUAUCCAUCGGUAGUUGAUAUAUAAAAGAAUGUUGUCUCGUCUGCUCAUAUAAUGACACAUGUACAUCCGUAAACUUUAAUAAAGUUUCUAAAGUUUGUGAAAUAAAUACCCUGAAAAUGAAGUCUCUGAAAUUUCGUGUGCAACCUUAUUCAGGAUGGAAGUUGUAUGAAAAGCUACCGUGCGGCAUUGGCUAUAUGAGCGGCAAACGAUGUCGUCAUAUUCAAAACUUGUUUCAACCUGACAAAAUCAGAACACGUCAGGAAGCGUACGACUUUUGUCAUUCACUUGGUGAAAACCUGGUGGCGCUGGGAAAUAGUCAAGACAGAAGAGAUCUUGAGGCUGAUGCAGGUUUAGCUGGUAUGAAUAUGGAUGCUAGGAUUUGGCUUCGUGGCAGCGUAGGAUCUAACUGUUAUUGUUAUAGGAGAAAGUUUGAUGAUUUAAUAAUGAUUGAUUGUAACUCAAAUGCCGCCAUAGUCUGCCAACGACCUUGAUAUAGAAGAUAACAGUCUCUAUCUGCAUUAUAUCGGACGUGCAUGUUUGACACAGUGGUAUUUGUACACUAUUGAUUAUUGUGUCAUCCUGAAACUGAUAUUGACCUUUCUCUUCCAAAAGUCUGCCUUCAAGGAUAGUCCCAAUUUCGUCGAAGAAUAGUUUUAAAUUCGUUCAUGUAUAGAUCUUUAUUUAUCGAGGAUAGUUCUAAAUUUGUUAUAUUGUGUGCGGAAUUCAACAUAAAGUUUAUAUAACAUGAUUGAUUAUUACAAACGUACUAUAUUGCUUAUGCUUUUAAGUGUAUCACUGAAAAUUAUAUUUGAUAAUUUCACAGUUAAAGUUAUCCACUUCUUUUUAAAGAUUUUCUCCAUGUGGUACAUGUAACGCAAUUGAUUGUUUGCUUAAACAUUCGUCAAACUUUCGACCUUUUCCGAGUUGUUUAGAACAAAGAUAAGCUGAAAUAACUGAAAUUCACACUUCAUAAAACGAUGAAAAUUACUUCAAUUCUUAAUUUCGUUCAAUUUACUAAUCGGCAAUUACAGUCUCAUUUGUUUUGUAUUUCGUUUUAACAGUCUGAAAAAUACGCUUCAGAACUGCUCUUGGUGAUAUGUGGGUAUAUUUUAGUAUCCUACGAUCAAUAAUUGAAUUUAAUUGUGUAAAACCAAUGACAGUCACCAGUCCAAAUGAUAAGUAAACACCCAGCGUUCGUUUGACUGCUUUAAGACUUUAAAUAAAUUCCAUGUUUUCGAAACUCCUAGUCGCCUCUUGAUGUUUACUCAUCUGUCAACAAUUGAUAUUUGUCUUUUACAAUAAGUCAUCUUUCUUAUUAACCAAUGAAAGUAACAAAUUGACAUGAAAUCCCUCUGAAUUAAGCAGAUUUUAUUUUGUCCGCCCUUGAAAUACACAACUUUAGAAAAGGUCUUUCGCUUUCAUUUCAAAGCACAGUCUAAAAUAAACUUUCGCAAAAAAUAACAGAAAUAAUAUAUUCAUUCUAGAAUUGUUUGUUUUAUAAUUAAAACGAGGCGAUCAUACAUAUGUUUAUAUAUAUAUAAUAACAAUAAUUGCAUGUCUGCCCCAAUAAAUAUAUUGAUGGGUUUGCAAUUUUUCGGGCAAUUUCCUGACAUUUCGGGAAAUAUUGUCAAAAUUUAUAAAAUUAUAAAUAUACAGAGCUACCAAGCCAACAAGUACACUUAGAUGAACGAAUUUAAGAUAUUUCAAGAGGUAAAACGUACGGAACGCAUUUUCUUAUUAAUAUUUUUCCUACAAACCGAAUGCCUAUAGUAAUGACAUUAUUGAUGACGUUAUUUCAUAUUUGAUUAAAAUGUGCAUGUCAAUGGGUAUAUUUUAAUUGUCACACAUAUCUUGCUCACAUAAUAUCACCAAAACUAUUGCCUUAAAGACGGCAAAGGAAUACUUAACAAUAUGUAAAACUUCGUAUAAAGUCUUCGUACGGUAAAAAUACUUCUAAUCCGUAUAGCUUCCUAGAGGGUUAUUAGUAAUCAGCAAAACGUCCGUAUGAGUUUUGUACGUAAAUAAGUUAAAUUCUCGGGAAAAUAUCUGAAGAAUCUACCGUAACAGUGCAUGCAAAAAUGUAAUGUGUACACGCUACAAGAUUGAAUAUUUUGCGACCCGAGCUAAUUAUGUAAAUUGUAAUGUAAAAACUUAAUUCUUAUGUUGCUUUCACUGACUUUGUAAACAUUAUGUUAAAGUUAUUUAGUAUGAAACGAAUGAGUUACGGGGAGAAAACACUGGCUGGGACGACAUCGAGGGAAGUUUCUUCUAAAACAAAUGCGAGGCCGUAAGCCUGAGUCAAUUUUUUGCAGAAACAUUCCGAGAUGUCGCCCCAGCCAGUGAAAUAUCUCCGUAACUAAUGAAUUUCAUGUAUUAUAACUGUCUUAUUGCAAUUUCAUUUUUGCUUCGUGACAGAAAUAAGCAAAAUAAAAAGAUUAUGUGCGCUUCUGUACCUAGUGCCCUACCAAUUUUGUUUGAAAUGGAAAUUUCAGAUAAUAUGAACAAAAACCAGGUUGUCGCAUGCUGUCGAAAGCUUUCUCACAGCGAUAACAAUAUAGUAAGGCAGUUAUUUUCGCUGUCAUUACAAAAAAAGAAUAAAACGAUAUAAAAGACUAUUUAGUUCAUACGGACAUCUUAUGUUAGAGAAAUUAAUGUUUAA